UCUCUGGGCGCCACAUAGCCCGGGGUCAGAGGUCGGGGGUCGGUCCUGGCCUGUGUAAGGUCGAGAGCGCGGAUCUCGGCCGGCUCGGGGCCGGUGAACCUGCGACCAGAAGGCGACUAGUCGGUGUGAGGGAUGAGAGAUGGCCUGUGGCCCUGGCCCCCUGACCCAGCCGAGUUCUCCUCCGGAGUGUGUGUGCCCUUCCGGGAAGGCUUGUGCUGAGGAGAGCGAGUAGAGAAGGCUGCUUCGGGAACUUUCUCCCGGAACUGGGAGGACGCAAAUUCCUGGGUGCUGCUGCCGUCGCAGUUUAUUUAUCCGACCAUGAGCUAUCCCGGCUACCCCCCGCCGGCAGGGGGCUACCCACCAGCUGCACCAGGUGGCGGUGCCUGGGGCGGUGCUGGCUACCCUCCGCCCAACAUGCCCCCCAUCGGACUGGAUAACGUGGCCAACUACACAGGGCAGUUCAACCAGGACUACCUCUCGGGAAUGGCGGCCAACAUGUCUGGGACAUUCGGAGGAGCCAAUAUGCCCAAUCUGUACCCUGGGGCCCCUGGGGGCGGCUACCCACCAGUGCCCCCCGGGGGAUUCGGGCAGCCCCCCCCUGCCCAGCAGCCUGUUCCUCCAUAUGGGAUGUACCCACCCCCUGGAGGAAACCCACCCCCUGGGAUGCCUUCGUAUCCGCCCUACCCAGGGGCCCCUGUGCCGGGCCAGCCGAUGCCACCGCCCGGGCAGCAGCCCCCAGGGGCCUACCCUGGGCAGCAGCCAAUGACCUACCCUGGGCAGCCACCAGUGCCACCACCUGGGCAGCAGCAGCAGCCGGUGCCAAGCUACCCAGGAUACGCAGGAUCUGGGACCGUCACCCCCGCUGUGCCCCCAGCCCAGUUUGGAAAGCGAGGCACCAUCACAGAUGCUCCCGGCUUUGACCCCUUGCGAGAUGCUGAGGUCCUGCGGAAGGCCAUGAAAGGCUUUGGGACGGACGAGCAGGCCAUCAUCGACUGCCUGGGGAGCCGCUCCAACAAGCAGCGGCAGCAGAUCCUCUUGUCCUUCAAGACAGCUUAUGGCAAGGAUUUGAUCAAAGAUCUGAAAUCUGAACUGUCAGGAAAUUUUGAGAAGACAAUCUUGGCUCUGAUGAAGACCCCAGUCCUCUUUGACGUUUAUGAGAUAAAGGAAGCCAUCAAGGGGGCUGGCACCGAUGAAGCCUGCCUGAUUGAGAUCCUCGCUUCCCGCAGCAAUGAGCACAUCCAGGAGCUGAGCAGAGCCUACAAAACAGAAUUCAAGAAGACCCUGGAGGAGGCCAUUCGAAGUGACACAUCAGGGCACUUCCAGCGACUCCUCAUCUCUCUCUCUCAGGGAAACCGAGACGAAAGCACAAACGUGGACAUGUCCCUCGUCCAGAGAGAUGUCCAGGAGCUGUAUGCGGCCGGGGAGAACCGCCUGGGAACGGAUGAAUCCAAGUUCAAUGCCAUUCUGUGCUCCCGGAGCCGGGCCCACCUGGUGGCAGUUUUCAAUGAAUAUCAGAGAAUGACGGGUCGAGACAUUGAGAAGAGCAUCUGCCGGGAGAUGUCUGGGGACCUGGAGCAGGGCAUGCUGGCUGUGGUGAAAUGUCUCAAGAAUACCCCGGCCUUCUUUGCUGAAAGGCUCAACAAGGCCAUGAGGGGAGCAGGAACGAAGGACCGGACCCUGAUUCGCAUCAUGGUGUCGCGCAGCGAGGUCGACCUCCUGGACAUCAGAUUGGAGUACAAGCGGAUGUAUGGCAAGUCACUGUACCACGACAUCACGGGAGAUACUUCGGGGGAUUACCGGAAGAUCCUGCUGAAGAUCUGUGGUGGCAACGACUGAGCAGGGACUGGUGGCUCGCUCUGCCCCAGCGGCAGUGCCAGGAAAAGGCCAACAGAAUGUCUGGUUCCGACAAAUCCACAAAUAGCCCCAAGGUGUGCCGUCCCCCACCCCUGCUGACCCGUGUAUUGUGCUGCAGGACCUGGGUCCUUCUAGAACUCUCUCAGGACGCCUUUUCCACUCCACCCCCCACGGCCUCUUGCUGCUCAGUAGAUGUUUUAGUUCCUGACUCGUGCCGUCAUUCCACUCUGCUUGUGGCGAGGAUUCUCGCCUUCAUUGUAGUCAUGUGAUUUUAUAUUUUUAUGGAAAGGCAUAUUUUCUUUCUCACAGUCAUUGCCAGCCAAGGUGCACAUGAGUCUGUUUGCUGCAUACACAUUUCUGGGGAGAGUGACUGGGAGGGAGAGCGCCGUGUCCUCACUGAGGAGAAAAAGGGAGGACCCUGAAGGUUAAUCUUCACGUCUGGUGAGAAUGUGUCACUAGCUUUGUUAUUGCCAAACUCACUCCUUUUUAGAAAAAAAGAAAAAAGACCAGAAAGUCAUGUAUUUGUUCCAUCUUCCUUGCAAAACCACAGGAACAAAGCCAGUCUCUGCCAGUGACAGGGCUUCUUGUAAUUUGGAAUGUGCCUUAAAUAUGAAUGUCUAUAGCCAAAAUCUGUUUCCAAAUUAAAAGCCAGCCAGCUCUGGAACAUUCUGGAAAUGUC